AUGAGUGGCCGGUGUAUCACUGUUAGACGGGCGGCUCUGAUGGUUCUAUGGGAGUGUACAACUCUAAGCCUCCUCCAGUGCUGGGUGGUAGUGGCGGCGGCCGCGGGGGCCAGCCGUACUGGGGUUGGGGCCGCUGCAGAUGCAGGGGGCUCCAGCAAUGCAACGGGGCCCUUUGCCUGGCUCCUGUCUGACAAAGGGCCCUUUCAUCACUCCCAGGAGUUUUCUGACUUUACGGAGCGCUACCAGCAAGGAUUCACCACCAAAUACACGAUAUACAGGGAGUUUGGCCGCUGGAAGGUGAACAGCCUGGCUCUAGAGAGACAUGAUAACAAUGGUCUGGCUCUGCCUCUGGACCCCGAGUUCCUUCAGACCAUAAGGCACCUGGGCAGACGGCCCAGCCUCAGCUCUAUCACAGACAGCAUCAUCAGGAAGUACGGAACACACUUCCUACUCUCAGCCACCCUGGGGGGGGAGGAGUCGUUAAUGAUCUUUGUGGACAAGCGGAGGUUGAGUAGGACAGUGGAGGCAAGCGAGGCCAACGGUACGGCCGUAACUCUGGAGGCACUCCACCAGCUGGCUGCAUCCUACUUCAUCGACAGGGAAGGCACCUUGCGCAAGCUGCACCACAUCCAAAUAGCAUCUACAGCCAUCAAGGUGACCGAAACAAGGACAGGCCCUCUUGGAUGCAGUAACUAUGACAACCUGGACUCAGUCAGCUCUGUUCUGGUUCAGAGCCCUGAAAACAAGAUUAAUCUGCAAGGUCUCCAGACCAUCCUACCAGAGUACCUGAGGGCUAGGUUUGUCCAGGCGGCUCUGAACUACAUUGGCUGUAAUGAGGAGGGUCAGUUUGUGUGCCGGAACAAUGACUGUUGGUGCCGCUGCAGCCCAGGCUUCCCCCAGUGUAACUGCCCCGACGUGGACCUGAGGGCCAUGGAGGCCAGCCUAAUGCACAUCAGGGACACCUGGAACAUGGCCAACCAGGACUUUGAGGAGUCAGAGGAGUUCCAGAACUUUGUACGGAGACUCCCGACAUUCUACGCCCUCAACACAUCUGCCAUCCAGUACUUCUGGAAAAUGGAGCCUGCCGUCCAUCAGCGCUACAGACAGCUAGAGCUCAGCAGCAGACAGCUUAUCGCCAAAUCCAGACGGAUCGUCGACAAACUCUUCACCCUCAGCAAGAGGUGUCGGACACAGCUGACAGUCAUUGUGCUGAGAAAGAGGUCCUUCAGCUACUGGCUGAACUACAUCCUGUCCAUCAUGUACUGCAGUGAGAACAACUACAUAGGUUCCUACCUGGAGGAGACAAGGAGCUGCUCUUGCCCCUACGACCAUCCAUCCUGCCAGGGUGUCAUCCCUUGCACUGUGGGCGAUGGCUCUUUCUGCGCCUCCUGCUCCUAUGACAACCGCUCCCGCUGUGCCAGCUGCAACCCCGGGUACAUGCUCAGCCAGGGGGUCUGCCGCAAUGAGGUCCCAGACUCCACGGACCACUACAUCGGCUUCGAGACGGACCUGCAGGACCUGGAGCUGAGAUACCUGCUGCAGAAGAAAGACAGCCGUAUUAGCAUCCAUGGGAUCUUCGUCAGCAACGACGUCCGACUCAACAACUGGUUUGACCCGUCGUGGAGGAAGAGGAUGCUGUUGACACUGAAGAGCAACAAGUACAAGUCCAAUCACGUCCACAUGCUACUGGGGAUGACCCUGCAGAUCUGCCUAACUAGGAACAGCUCCCUGGAACCAGUGCUGUCUGUCUACAUCAACCCCUUCGGGGGAAGUCACUCUGAGAGCUGGAGCAUGCCCAUAGACCAGAACAGCUAUCCUGAUUGGGAGAGGACUAAACUAAACAUUCCCCUGGACUGUUACAACUGGACAUUGACUUUGGGUAACAAGUGGAAAACUUUUUUUGAGACUGUCCACUUCUACCUGCGGAGCAGGAUCAGGGCUCCGUUGCCCCAAGGGAACGGCUCGGUGUACUACGAACCUUUCGAGUUUCUGGAGCCCGGUAAGAACCUGGGCUACAUGAAAAUAAAUAGCAUCCAGGUGUUCGGCUAUAGUAUGCAUUUUGACCCGGAAGCAAUCCAGGACCUGAUUCUGCAGCUGGACUACCCGUACACUCAGGGAUCGCAGGACUCAGCCCUGCUGCAGCUGCUGGAGAUCAGGGACCGGGUCAACAGACUGUCCCCUCCCGGACCUCAGCUCCUGGACCUGUUCUCCUGUCUCCUGCGCCACCGCCUCAAAUUAUCCACCACAGAUGUUGUCCGAAUACAGGCAGCGUUGCAGGCUUUCUCUGCCAAACAGCCGAACUCCAUGGAAUACGAAACAACCAAAUUAUGUAGCUAA